ACCGUUCGGGGGCUUGACGGUGGACGAAUAUGCUGUGCCUCAUUUCGCGGACGCCGCAGCAUACGGCCGAUGGCGGUGAUCUCCGUCCUCUGACCGAGUGGUGAACAAGGGAUACCGUGCCUGUGACUAGAGAAGCGAGGCAUCGCCGAGGAUUUUGUUGCAACGUGCCAAGCUCGUCUGCAUACGGAUAACCCACGAGGGCAAACACAAGCGACUUCACAAUGAGCCGAAGAGUUGGGCCUCGGAAGCCCGGGGCGUCGGAAGGGCGGACAGACCAGACGCCCUCGUCCCCGCCAGUGUCGCCCGUUGAAGAAGGAUGAACGCAAGUCGCUGAUGGAUUCGGGAUACGACGCUGGCUAUACAUCAAUGAGCUGCUCCACUGCAACGGAUCCAGACAUCAUCUCAAGGUCUACCUGCAGUAUGCUUGACUCCGGGUUGCUGGACGAAGAAGUCCAGCCCAGCAGUGACCUGAAGAUGGCAUCGGCGGCGAAACUUGACAGCGGCUACAUCGAGCCGACCUCGUCGGCGUUGUUGCUAGAGGAGGACUGCGAGGCGCAGCUGCUUCGCCGCAAGCUCAGUGUGCGAGGGAUGUAUGCGCAGGACGAAGAUGGCGACACGCUGUUGCACAUCGCGGUCAUCAAAGGCUGGAUGAGAUUGCUUGUGCGCGUAAUUCGUGAAACGCCACAUCCGGAUCUUCUUGACAUCCAAAACGACUACGGGCAGACGGCACUGCACGUGGCCGCUCUAUGUGGCCGACACGACGAGGCUCGCCUGCUGGUCGUUGCCGGUGCAACGGUGGAUGCGACGGACGAUGUCGGGAGGACGCCAUUGCACAUUGCCUGCCGACGCGGCGACUGCAGAGUGGCCAGCGACUUGCUUGCCGACGUCACCGGGGAGGAGACUGACUUCUUGCAGACCCGUUACGAUGUGCGCCCGGGCGGCCACGAUUCCGCCCGCACAGCUGCUUUGGUGUCCCAGCGGACGCUGGCGGGCGACACAGCACUCCACCUGGCGGUCAGCUCCGGCUCACUGGACCUCGUCGAGCUGCUGCUGCGACAUGUGCCCGACCCCAACGUUCGGGAGCGGUACUGUGGUGCCACACCGCUGCACCUGGCCUGUCGGCUGGGCCGGCCGGACCUGGCCAACGUGCUGCUUCAGUCCGGCCGCGUCGACGUCAACGCCACCGACUACGGCCGCAGGACGGCACUGCGCCACCUGUGGGACGCGCAGCGGCAGAACCCACGCAGCAAGGACCUGUUACGCUUGGUACUGUUGCUGCGAGACCACGGUGGCAUGCCCAUUGUUGACCCAGGCUCCGAAGACGAGGAUGACUCUGAGGAAGACAGUUCCGAGGAUUAUGAGUCUGAGGAUGAGGAAGAUGGCGUUCGAGUCAACCCGGUCAACAGUAGGCUGCCGCCACAUGGCUAUCCUAGGGUGAAUGAUAUCGGCGCGUCAUAGCAGAAACCCUGAAGGCAAAUCGUUCUUGCAUUCCAAGCAUUCUGUCAUCAUGUCAUUCUCGUCGUCAUUUGCGUCAUCGUUAGAACCUUCGAGUGUUUGUCAGCAGGAUUGGUUUAAGUCAACCGUGCAUUCUCGUUUACUACCGUCACCAAUUUUGACGGUUUUCUCAAGUCUGUAUACAUUUGGGGCUGCUUGUUGGCACCCCUCGUGUCACUUGUGCUAGUGAAACUUUAGAUUAAUUCUGUUGCUCGUGUGAGGUCAUUUGCGUUCUGGUACUUUGUGUUAGUUGUAGCUUACUGUUGAAUAAGACUGAUGUCACAGUAAAACAUUGUACAAGCUGCAAGCAAUGUUGGAAACUAGCACAAUUGUCGUGGCGCUAUAAUUUUGGUUGUUGUGGCACUGUUCGCAUUUGUGGAGUGAGGCAAUUUUUGUCAGUUUCUUGAGAUCUUUGUUCACACAGCUGCUGCUUAUGCCAUCUCGUCACCAUUAUACCUUGAAAUCCUGUAAUAGAAGGGGCCUCUCAGGUUGACUUGUGUGCAAAAACUAGCCUUCUGUGACAUUAUGCGCAACUCUAAAACCACAAAAAAAAAUUGUCUGUUGUUAUAACUACAACAGACCUUGAUUUGGUUAAACCUUAAUUUUCGAUGUGGCAGAAUUGUAAUUUGCGACUGUGUGACAGAUUCGACGCCAACUGCUGUGUGAACAGGGGCCAACGCUACUUGUGCACUUGGCUACUGUUCUUUGUAUGUCACGUAAAUGAGCGUGUGCAUGUACGUGUAUAUAGGUAUUAGUGACCGGGGUACCAUUAUUCCUCUUUUGUUCUUCUAGGGUUUGUCGGGAGUAUUAUUUAUUAGUGUGACGUUGAAAACUGUAAAGUUCGAGUUCUGUUCUACACAUUUCUUGUCGUGUACAAUUUAAUGGAACGUAUAUGUAUGCGUGCGAGAUGUGGCAUAUGUUGAAGUUCUUCGUUGCGAGUCAUCAGGCGCUUACGAUACAGACCUGCCAGUUUGAUAUAUGUGCUUUGUGCAAAAUCGGAAUGGGCUGUAUAUGGGCGUGCUCAACUUGCAUAAUAGACCGUCUGAAAAGAGUUGAGCUAGCAGGGAUAAAGAGUAGUGAAGCCAUCUACGC